GAACGCCUCUGUUCGGGUCCUCUAUUCUUAUUGGUACGUAAUAUCCCUGCGACGAGUAUUAAAUCACCAACGGUGGGCCUUAGCUGUGUUUAGCCUAUUUUCUUCUUCUAAAAUCAUAUAUAAUGGCACUGGAGACAGUACCAAAAGAUCUGCGCCAUUUGCGAGCGUGUCAUCUUUGUUCGCUUGUAAAGACCAUCGACCAAUUUGAAUAUGACGGUUGUGACAACUGUGAGUCGUUUCUUCAGAUGAAGGGUAACAGAGAGAUGGUGUAUGAGUGCACAAGCUCGUCGUUUGAUGGCGUCAUCGCCAUGAUGAGUCCUGAAGACAGCUGGGUAGCUAAAUGGCAAAGAAUCGGCAACUUCAAGCCAGGUGUUUAUGCAGUGUCGGUGACGGGAAGAUUACCUCCAGGUGUGGUGAGAGAGCUGAAAAGCAGAGGAGUGAUUUACAAAUCCAGAGACACAGCAGUGAAGACAUAAUCCUGUUUCCUGUUCACGUUAGCUUCCACUAGAGCUGAAGCAUUCUGCCACAUGUUUUCGUGGAUCUUUCAUUUUGGUGCAUAUAUAAUUUUUUAUUUUAUUAUUUUUUGUUAUGAAAAUUAUCACGUCACAAAAUGAGGGGAAAUGGAAGUUUUGGAUUAAGAAUUAAUAAAUGUCAGUUUUAUAAGAAGUGUGAUUUCAUUGUUAAAGUAAAUGGUAGAAUCUGGAUUUUGAUUGUUUUGAAACAUUUAAUUCAAAGUCAGGGGGUUACAUAUGUACACCAGCUUUCUUGAUUAAAAACUCUUUAGCAUUGAAAAACAUAAUAUACAGCAAAUUAAGUUCACUAUAUAUUUAUUCUGUAUUCUGUCAUUUAUUGCAGCUUUUAAUAGAACUGAAAUGUGACAAGUUGCCUAGUGAGCAAUGGUGUGAAUGUCAGCUUUUACAGCAUGUUUCUCAGUUAAAUUCCUUUUUGUGAAAAUGGAAGAAAAAAAAAGAUCAGCAAUCUGUUAAAAGUUCUAGCUUAGCAUCCUUUUGUCUUCAAAAGUCAGGUAGUGAUGACCACCUAGGAUUCAGCUCACAAAGCUGUAGAGGUUUAUUCAGUGUUUGAGAAUAAAAAAGCUACUAAAAAUUGA